UUGGGAAAGUAAAAAUGUGCCUUUUUCCUGCGGCACAUGAGAGAAAAUGACUUGCCCAAAGUCAUCCAGCUAGCUUUCAUGGCUAAGAUAUGGCAAGGCAGGAUGUGCAGACCAUGAUCGAAGCAUUGCAGCUCCAUGGCUUCAUCCUGAAUUUUCUGAAGAGCCAUUUGCACCCAACCACGUUCCUCCUCCAUCUUGGGACCGUCAUCGACUCCCAAUGGUGCAUGGUAUUGCUAGCUCAGGAAAGGCACUAAAGCCUUCAAACCCUGGUACUGCGUUCGCUCUGCUGGUGGGCUUCUUCAAAGAUCCUCAAGGGGUGCCUUUUCAAAGAGCCGGACCACGUGGUAGUAACAACAGACACAAGUCUUUUCGGAUGGGGAGCCCAUGCCCUGACCGAGUGACACAGAAGGACCGUUCAGGGUGAGGAAAGAAGUGCCAGCAAAGAUGGCACUCAGUCAGGACAUUUUGGUGAUAAUGAUGCUACUACAUGGAGUAAUGGGUACCAUGAUCAACCUCAACAAUAAUGGCUUUGAAAACAUUGUUAUUGCUAUUAAUCCAACGAUACCGGAAGAUGCCAAAAUUAUUACCAACAUACAGAAUAUGGUUAAAGAAGCAUCCAAUUAUCUCAUCAAUGCUACGGAACGAAGAUUUUACUUUAAGUCUGUAAAAAUUAUAAUUCCAUUGACAUGGCAAAAAAAAACAGAAUAUGAAAGAGUAAUAAGAGAAUCCUACGAAAAAGCCGACAUCAUAGUAGCUGAUCCUCAUUUGAAGUCUGGAGAUGAUCCUUACACCCUGCAGUUUGGAGGUUGUGGGAUACCAGGAAGAUACAUUCAUUUCACACCAACAUUUCUGACAAAUGAUAAUUUGCAUGAUGUUUAUGGCUCUCGAGGUAGGGUCUUUGUCCAUGAGUGGGCUCAUCUCAGAUGGGGUGUCUUUGAUGAAUAUAAUUAUGAUGCUCCGUUUUACGUUACUAAGGAAAAGAAAGUUGAGGCAACAAGAUGUUCAGCUGGUGUCACUGGUAUUUACAUAUUUCCAACUGGACCAGGAAAUCACAGAGAUUGCAUAUUCCUGGAAGACACUCAGAUGUAUGAACCGGGAUGUCAAUUUGUAGCAGAUAUAUCCCAAAGCACUCCAGUGUCUAUAAUGUAUAUGCAAAGUUUACCUUCUGUGGCUAUGUUCUGUGAUAAAAGCAAUCAUAAUAUUGAAGCACCAAAUCUGCAAAACAAAUUCUGCAACUACAAAAGUACGUGGGAAGUAAUUAUGAAUUCCACUGACUUCGCCUCCUCAUCUAUAAUAAAUACUCCUCCACCUGACCCCAUUUUCACCUUGAUGCAAACACGUGAUAGAGUUGUCUGUUUAGUGCUUGAUGUCUCUGGAAGUAUGGCAGAUUAUGACCGCAUUGGUCGUCUCCGGCAAGCUGCAGAAGUGUUCCUCCUACAAAUUAUUGAACUUGGUUCCUGGGCUGGAAUUGUAACAUUUCAUAGCUCUGCCACCGUUCAGACUCAAUUGCAACAGAUCGUCAGUGACAACAUACGAAAAAAUCUUGUGAAUUAUUUGCCUACCAGAGCUAGUGGAGGGACUAAUAUUUGUGCUGGAGCGCGCAAAGGAUUUGAGGUGAUUAGAUUAAGAGAAGGAACUACUGAAGGGUGUGAAAUUGUGCUCUUGACAGAUGGAGAAGACUCAACAAUAGGAUCUUGCUUUGAUGAAGUUAAAAGUAGUGGAUCAAUAAUUCACACCAUUGCUUUGGGGCCAAGUGCUGCAAAAGAGUUAGAUAAACUGGCAGAGAUGACAGGGGGAUUGAAAUAUGCUGCUUUUGAUAGUUUGGAUGCCAAUGGCCUCAUAGAUGUUUUCAGUGGAAUUUCAUCAGACAAUGGAGAUAUUUAUCAACAGUCAAUUCAGAUUGAAAGUAAAAGUCAGAAAAUUGAUGCUGGCAAUUUUCUUAAUGGUAUUGUAUCCAUCGAUCACACUAUAGGAAAUGACACUUUUUUUGUACUUACAUGGAGUGAAGCCAAUUCUAAACCUGGAAUUCUUCUGACGGAUCCAAAAAUGAAAACAUAUAAUCAUAACAAUUUUACAGUUGACACCACCAAUCACAAAACUGCUCGACUUAAGAUUGAUGGGACUGCCGAGACAGGUGAUUGGACUUAUACACUUUAUAAUACACACUCAGUGCCUCAGGUGCUAUCAAUCACAGUAACGUCUCGAGCGGCAUCUCUAACGGAGCCUCCAGUAAUUGUAAAGUCCUACUUAAGCAGUGAUACAAAUACUUUUCCCAAUCCAAUAAUUAUUUAUGCAGAAGUCAGUCAAGAAUUUUUUCCAGUGCUUGGUGCAAUUGUUACAGCCACAAUUGAAUCAAAUUCUGCAAGCGAGAAACUAGAGCUUUGGGACAAAGGUUCUGGUGCAGAUAUUAUCAAGAACGAUGGGAUCUACUCAAGAUACUUCACAUCAUUCAAAGAAAAUGGUAGAUACAGCAUAAAGGUGCAUGUCCAAGGGAGAGAUGGGACCAGCCGACAAACUCGCCAAAGAAAUCAUGCUUUAUAUGUCCCAGGCUAUAUAGAGAAUGGUGAAAUAAAAAUGAAUGCACCAAGACCAGAAGCUAGUGAUAAUGAUACCCAAGCAAACCUUGGAAAAUUCAGCAGAAUUGCUUCAGGAGGUAGUUUUGUAAUGUCAGGAGUGACUCCUGGAAAUCCUUCAGAUGUCUUUCCACCCUCUCGAAUUACUGAUCUUGAAGCAGAACUCAAUGAUGAGGAUGAAUUCCUUUUGUCAUGGACUGCUCCUGGAAAUGACUAUGAUAUAGGAACAGCUGAAAAAUAUGAAAUAAAAAUGAGUGAAAAUCCUGACGAAUUAAGAGAUACUUUUCAAAAUGCUGCUUCCGUGAACACAUCUGAUCUGAAACCAGAUGCUACUGGGAUCAAACAGUCAUUUCAGUAUAAGAUGGAAAACUUCACAAAAGAAAAUGGCACUGCAAUUUACUUUGCCAUUCGUGCCAGCGAUGGCAGCAACAAUGUUGGGGAAGUGUCUAAUAUAGCAAGAGCAGUUGUACUUCUUCCUCCAUUGCUCACUACUCCUCUCACACCCACCGAUCCUAGCUCUACUCAUCCCACACCAACCAAUCCUCCUAGCUCUACUCAUCCCACACCAACCAAUCCUCCUAGCUCUACUCAUCCCACACCAACCAAUCCUCCUAGCUCUGCUCAUCCCAAACCAACCAAUCCUCCUAGCUCUGCUCCGCCUACACCAACCAAUCCUUAUACCUCAAAAGGCAAUUCUAGUUUGGAAGUUCCCAAUAAUGAAUCUCCUGGUGUGAUAAAUAUGGUGACUUUAAUUGUUAUAAUAGUGUGUAUUGCUCUAAUUAUCAUUUGUGCUUGCAUAUGUAUAACUAUAUGUGUUUUACAUAAGCAAAAAAAGGUAAAUCCACAAACUGUAAUGUAGGAAGAAAUAAGAUCAAAACUAUAGAAUGGAAGGACAAAUAAAUACAAUCUAUGACGGUUACAUGAACUUAACAACCUGUGUUUAUGUAUUUAGACAACCAGUUAAUAUUAUCAGUCAUAGAUAUAGAUUUUUGCAGUAUCGUUGAUUCUAAAAGUUGAAAGGAAAUUGAAUCACUAUCCACAG